AUGGAGUCGUUCAUCGAUAAUAUGCUUGGAUCAGAAGUCGAUAAAAAGGCCGUAAGCGCUGCCGUGCGUUUAUUAGAAAAUCAGCUAGUGUCCCCAUCGGAUGGCCGUUUGUCCGGCGCAAAAUAUACGACGAAUAGUUUGCCACAUUCAAUUGAUUCAAAGCGUUCAAAUCAAGUUUCGGCCUCAAGCAAUUCGCGCCAAAUUGCAACAGGUUCACCAACUGUCACUGGAAAGUCAUCGUAUAACAGUAAUUCUCGAAGCAAUUUUUGUUCCAGUACACCAAACAUCUCACCAAUACCGGUUGUAACAUCGACCGUUUUACCAGAUGGAAAUCGCAGUACGAGGGGGCAAUUUAUAUCUCGCGCCAAAUUGGUGUCAACUGCUAUGUCGGUACCAAGGACCAACACACCACAAAUAACAGUUCAGUCGCCGCAAAUUCAUAGUAUGCAGCAAAGUGGGUCGACCCAAAGGAGGACUGCAAUUAAACAAGAACAAACGUCAUCAAAGCAGCCACCUGCAUUAUUAAACAACCAGCAUAUACCUGGAAAACCUGUCUUGAACCAUGCAAUGGUUAUGAGAAAUAAAUUUGCAAAAACAAUUGCAAAUCAUUUACCACAAAGUACAGCGAUUAAAUCAGUGAGUACAAUUCUAACUCAGCACAGCAAUACGACAGCUGUCCAAAACUAUGCUACAGCAAUACAAGCACAGUGGGUUAGUAAUCGAACAAAGGAACGAGCUGCGAAGUUAGAAUCAUUCUUUACAAGGUUAAUAACCUUAGCGACUAGUAUAUCACCAGAGAUUGGUAAAUAUGUUCAGGAACUUAUAAAGGCUCUUGUG